AAGGCACGGCUCGAGUGCCUCUGGACACAAACACAAACAAUAUCAUUGCCUAGGUAAAAGAAAAAGGUAGAAGGUAGGAACGUAGGUGGGAGGUAUACUGUGAAGGCGGUCAGAUGUUCUACCCGCACUUUGCAUCAUCGUCACUCUGGUCCCCUCACUCUUUUCUUUCUUCGACUUCAUCGCUUGGAAGAUCCACAAAUCUCGAUUUUCUCUCUCUCCCAUCUCGGAUCUGUGAUCUUACCCCCCGCUCUUUUCUAUCCUCUUCCUCUGCGGCGGCAAAAUGAAGCUCACCUUCAAGGACCUGAAGCAGGAGAAGUUCGUCAUCGAUGUCGAACCUUCUGAGACUGUUCGCGAGGUCAAGGCCAAGAUCGCCCAGGAGAAGGGCGAAUAUGAGGCUGAGCGUAUGAAGGUCAUCUACUCCGGAAAAAUCCUUCAAGAUGAUAAGACGGUCGAAUCCUACAACAUCCAAGAAAAGGAUUUCCUAGUUUGCUUGCCUUCGAAGCCCAAGGCCGCCCCUGCUUCCUCCCAGCCUAAACCCCCCUCGACUCCCGCUGCCCGAGCUCCUGCGUCGACCCCAGCUGCUCCUCCCGCUCCUCAGGCUUCCUCUACCGCUGCCCCAGCUGUUCCCGCUACCCCUACUCCGGCCAGUGCGACACAGUCCAGUGGACCCGCCUUUGGAGAUCCCUCUGCUCUCGCCAUGGGUUCUGCUGCCGAGGGCGCAGUUGCUCAGAUGGAGGCUAUGGGUUUCGCACGAAGCGAUAUCGACCGUGCCAUGCGCGCUGCAUUCUUCAACCCUGACCGUGCCAUUGAAUACCUCUUGACUGGUAUCCCCGAUAACAUCCAGGAACAGCAGCAGCAGCAACAACAGCAAGAAGCGGCAGCACCGGCUCCUGCUGCUGAUGCCCCUGCUCCUUCCGGCGGCGAAGAGCCUCUUAACCUGUUUGAAGCCGCCGCUCAGGCCGGUGAAGGUGGUGGCCGUGGUGCUCGCGGUGCUGGGGCUGGUGCUGGUGCUGGGGCUGGUGGUGACGCUGCAAGCCUGGAGUUCCUCCGCAGCAAUCCCCACUUCCAACAGCUCCGUCAGCUCGUCCAGCAGCAACCCCACAUGCUUGAGCCUAUCCUGCAACAGGUCGCUGCCGGGAAUCCCCAAAUUGCGUCUCUCAUCGGACAGAACUCCGAUCAGUUCCUUCAGCUUCUCGGUGAGGAUAUUGACGAAGAGGAGGGAUCUUUGCCGCCUGGUGCGCAGGCCAUUUCGGUUACGGAGGAAGAGCGGGAUGCCAUUGAACGAUUGUGCCGUCUGGGCUUCCCUCGGGACCACGUCAUCCAGGCCUAUUUCGCCUGCGACAAGAACGAAGAGUUGGCCGCCAACUUCCUCUUCGACCAACCGGACGAGGAUGAGGAGUAAAUUUGAUUUUCUUGCCUUUUAAAAGAAACGUCUGCUUGCUUUUUCUCCUCCCGAUACGUCCUCCUCUCCUCCGUUAUGUUCUUGAUGAAUACCUCCAAGCAUGCUGCUUUGAUUCCCCUGUCUCUCCCCCUUUCCCAUGAAUAUGAACCAGAAUCAGAUCAGAAUCAGAAUCAGUACUCAGCCUGGCGUCUUGUUCCUCACUUGUGGACUUGGCUUUCUUGCAUUCUCCUGUUUCCCUCCGACUUCGACUCCGACUCCCGUCACGACUGUCAUGUAUCUAACUAAUGGGUCAAUGGGACUUGUUGGCUGAUUAAGA